CAGACGGCGACACGACGAAUGCAAGUCGACGAAUUAGGUUAGAGUCGUGCAGUAAAGUGACAGUAUUUUGCGAUUCAUAGAUUUUUCGCCUGUUCAUUUUUUCUGCAGCGUUGGCGAGUCUUAAUCGGUGAUAGUAUCGUGAAAAUUUAACGUAGCCUUUAAUAAUUGAAAGAUGUUGAUAAAAGUCAAGACUCUUACGGGGAAGGAGAUCGAAAUAGAUAUAGAACCAACAGACAAGGUAGAGAGAAUUAAAGAAAGAGUGGAAGAGAAGGAAGGAAUACCACCUCAACAGCAGCGAUUAAUAUUUUCUGGCAAACAGAUGAACGACGAGAAGACUGCACAAGAUUAUAAAGUCCAGGGCGGUUCGGUGCUGCAUUUGGUACUUGCGUUGAGAGGAGGCUGUAGAUAUAACAUUCCUCAUUUAUAAAUGACAGCGAGAGAAUAUUAAGAAAUUGUGAGAGCCAGAGGAAGGAAAAAAAAACAAAAAAAAACAAAAUGUUUAUCAUCACGUAUGCGCGAUCCAGAGGAACUUGAAACUCUAUGUUAUUUUAAAUAGGAUAACAUAGUCAUGUGAUCUUUACAACCUAAAUAAAUAUUUAAUAAAGUAAUUUAAUCAUGAAUUUACCACUAUUUUUAUUUGAAACACACAUGUGUUACCUUUCUAUUCUUAUAUUAUGCGUUAUAACAUUAUAUCGUGAGAUUUUAUUUUUAAUUAUUUAUAUGGAAUACACAGUACAUUAAAAUAUAAAAAUAAUUUUAUAUGGAGAAAGAAAGCGUCAUGUCCAAACUAUGUAAUCAAUUACACAAUUAUUUAUUUAAUAUAUCACUUUAAUAAUGAUAAAUACAAAUCAAGCAUAUAAAUAUUAAUUAUAUCUCAAAUUAUAAUACUGAAAAAUUUGUAUUUUGUUUUUUUUUUUUUUUGAAAAAGAAGACAAAAAACUAUAAUACUAUAUGUACAAUACUUUUUAAGGAAAUAAAUUGUUUAUUAUUUUA